AUGCGCGGCGGACAGAGUCACGGCCUCGGCGGAGUAAAGCUCCGAGCACUCUGGCGCCGGGCCUCACGACGGAGGACACACCAUGCCCUGCUGGCUGUCUGUCUCAAUGUUGGUGUUCCACCGCCUGACGUGACUGUUCCGGCCCGGGCCUCCACCCUCGAGGCCUGGCUCGACCCCACCCUCUUCCCCACGCCCGAGCAGGCUGUUGACGCCGUCGGCGCAGGCCUCGCCCGCCAGUUCCGCUCGCUCCAGGCAUCCAUGGUGUUCCAGCCUGCACUCGACCCGUGUGGCGCGGCGCUUGAGGCCGCAUGCACCCGCCUCCGUGCAGACGCCAAGGAUGGUCGUGCCCUGUUUUACUACAACGGCCACGGCGUGGCCCGGCCGUCGCUCAAGGGCGAGCUCUGGAUCUUCAAUGAGGACUACACCAAGUACGUCCCGGUCUUUGUCACCAUGAUCCUCCGCUGGCUUGCCGGGCCAUGCAUGUUUGUUCUUGAUUGCUCAGGCGCAGGCCGCAUUGUCAACUACCUUGUCGAGCUCCGCAACACGGAAAUGGGCUCCAACGCGCACAACCUCGCCAACGUUGUCCUCUUUGACCUCAUCAUCAUCGGCGCCGUUGCUGCCGACGAAUUUCUCCCCUACGCCACCCACCUGCCUGUGGACAUCUUUACGGCAUGCCUCACCACCCCACUCAAGACCGCGCUCACCUGGGCCGCCUCGCGCACACUUGUCGAUGGCCUCGACGACCCCACCACGCUCUUUGCCCGCAUCCCCGGCAAGAUUUCGUCGCGGUCCACCCUCCUCGGCGAGCUCCACUGGAUCUUUGGUGCCGUCACCGAGUGCAUCGCCUGGUCUGUCCUCCCCAAGGCCACCUACCAGCGGCUGUACACCUCGGACGAGGCUGUCGCCUCGCUCUUCCGCAACUUUAUCCUCGCUACUCGCAUCAUGCACUCGCUCAAGCGAACCACGGUCUCGUACCCAGCCAUUCCUCCCACGCACAACCACCCAAUGUGGAUGGCUUGGGACUUUGUCGUCGACGUACUCCUCGAGAAGCUGACCACGCUCGCCCUCGUCGGACCAAACUCUCCGCAGGCCGCCGCCGUCCUCGCAGAGCCGCUGCCGUUCUUCGACUCGCAGCUCCAGGCCUUUGAAGUCUGGCUCGGCAUGGCCCAGAUCGACGUCACUCUCUCGGACGCCAAGAUCCAGCCAGUUCAGCUCCCGGCCGUCCUGCACGCCAUCCUCGGCGCACGCUACCGCGCCCAGGCCCUUCGCCUUGUACAGGUAUUUUUCCUCCUCGGCGACUGGGCGGUUGACUGCGGUCUCAAGGUCGGCAUGGGCCCGUACUUUGUCCAGCUCCUUGGCGCCAACCAGCUCCACUCGCACUACCUCGUCACCAUCUGGGCCCGCAUCCUCGCCUUUGACCCCACCUUCCGCAACCAGGUCAUCAAGGACUCCAAGCUGCCGUUCUUUGGAGCUAUGGUCCACUCGGGCCUUACAGAGCUUCGCGACACUGGCUCGCUCACCUCACUCAAGACCUGCACCGACUCGGUUAUGGCGCUGUUUGCCAUCUCGCUCCUGGUGGACAAGCAUCCGCAGGGCCAGGCUGUCGCUGCCCGCGCCAACAUCGACGCUGCUCUCCUUGCCUUUGUCGUCACUUCCUCGACGGCACCUGUCCCGCCUCUCAUUGUCAAGUGGGCCAUCAUUGCCAUGGCCAAGCUCUGGGGUGCUGCGCCGGCGACCUUUUUGCUGGACGCCACCCUCGCCGCCUGGCGCGCUCUCCAGCUCCAGGCGCUCUCGUCACCGCAUCCGCAAAUCCGUGCCGUUGCCGUCUGCGCGCUACGCUCGACCGUCUCCUCGCUCGCGCUCGCCUACCUCGGGGCUGAUGGCGUUCUGCCCCUGCGCACGUCCACUGAGGGCAUGCCGCCGCUUGCCUCGGGCCGGUCGCGCAAGCGCAAGGAGUUUCUCGCCGCCAUUCCGGGCCUCGACGAGCCCGAAGCGGACCUCACCCGCUUCUUCAACGAGCGCAACGUGCUCGCCAAUCUGCUCAUGGACCUGCUCCCCGCUGCCCUCUUCGACUCGUCGUCGCUUGUCCGCCACGAGCUUGUCCCGCUCUGUCUUGUUGUCCUUCUCCGCUUCGAUGAUGACCUGCGCUUCCGCGGCAUCAUUCCGCAUCCUCACUCUGUCCGUGACGCUUUUCUCUCUGCCACGGCUACGGCCGCUACCCCACGGCCGGGCGACCGCAGGUCCGAAGCCGGCGAUCCGGUCCUGCUUGUUGUUACCAAGGCUGUCAUUGUGGUCCGCUUUCUCGAGUACUACGCCGCUGCACUCCGCGACAAACUGCAGGUCGGCGGUGGCGAGGACGCCGAUCUGGCCUCGCCCGAGCUCCCGCUCCGCACCCCUCCGCAACAGGGCUCGGACUUUCUGGCGCUCGACGCCAACUCGGGCUCUGCCAUCCGGUCUCGAACCGAGUCCGAAUCGGGCACCGGCACGGCAGGCUCCCCGCAGGCAGCGACGACCAUGAUCGAAGGCAACAUGGUCCGCGUCCUCUCAUCAUCGAACAUUGCCGGCGCCCUUGCGUCGCCGCGCGGGCGUGAGGCACAGCGGUCACCUCGCAAGGCGGCCCGGACCCGCUCGCGCUCCCGCCAGCGGCACGUGGCGUCGAGCUCGGUGGGGCGCAGCUCCGGCCGGGUCCUCUCGGCUCGCGGCACCUCAGCCGACCGAGUCCGCUCUGCCGCCGCCGCGGCGCGCCGAACCUCGCUUGACUACUCCACGCUCGAUCGUGCCAAGCGCAAGGCCGCCCGCAAUCUCGCGUUUGACGCCACCACCCUUGCCGGUGCAGACGCCAUCGGUGGGCAGGUCCGCUCGCCUGUCGCGCUCCCACCGCAAGAAAAGUCCAUUGUCGACCCGCUUGUCGACGCCGCUGUCGCCGUCGAGUCCAACGCCGCUGCUGGCGUUGUCAUGGAUCUCCCACUCGACGCCUCGCCGCAUGCGCCGUACGUCUUUGGCUUUGACGCCAUCUACGACCGCCAGCCGAGCCUCGAAGAGCUGGCCACCAUGGGUGGCGUCGCCCUCGAGUCGCAGGCCAUGGACUGGUCGUACAAGGUCUUUCUCAAGGAGCCGCUCAUCCGCGAGUUUGUUGCGGCCGCCACCACCACCGUCAAGUCGGCUGCCACCCGUGGCUCGCCGCCCGGCUCGGCCGGCUCCACGCCACGCUCUCUCACUUCGCCAAAUCCCUCGCCUCGGGCCCCAGGCCAGGUUGCUCACAACGCCAACGCCCUGCCUGUCGACGGCCUCGACGCCUCGCGCGAAGCCCUCUUUGGCUCGCCGUUCUGGUCGCCGGCCGCCACCUCACUCGGCCACACGGUGUUUGACUCGGCCGUCCUCGCCUCCUCGAGCUCUGCCCCGUACAACGCUGACGCUGCGGCCUCUGCGGCUGCGGCUGCCGCAGCCGCAGCCGCAGCCGCAGCUGUUGCCGCCCGUGCUUCGUCGUCGUCAUCAUCUUCAUCGGACAAGCUCGAGCGGGCGGCCGAGAUGGACUUUGGAACCAACGUUGUACGGGCGACUGCGUUCCACUCGACGCAGCCGAUGCUAGUUGUGGCCUUUGCUUCGGGUCAUGUCGUGGCAUACAUGCACGAUCCGGCAAGCCUGGCCAUGGCGACGACGCCGUCUGCCUCUACGCCAACAACGCUUGCGUCGCCACGACGCAGCACCGACUUUAUGGGCGCCUCGGCGGCGGCCGGCGACGACGCUGACUCUCCGCGGGUUGGUCCUGAAGCCGGCCUCCGGCGAAUCUCGUCGCUCUACGUGCCGUGCAACGAGCGGUUCACACCGCUCGGUGUGACUGGCAUGCACGCGCCAGAGCCAGACUCGACGAUGUCUUCGGGUGGCUCGGCGAGCACCGCACUCGCGAUGCUCUCUGCCAUUUCCGAGGAGCAGCCGGUCGACGCCAAGCGCCACCUGCAAUCGUCGCGCGGCCCGUCCGGGUCUGGCGAAGAGCUUAAUGUUGACGUCCACGCCGGGUCGGCGCCGUCGGAGCUGCACGGCUCGUCGCUGUACUACGCUGGCGGCCACGGCGGAUCGGUCGAGUCAAUGCGCUCAGGCUCGCAUUCUCACUCGAUUGGGAGCCUCACCCGAUCGAUGUCGCACUCGCUCUCUGACGACGAUGUCGACGACGAGGCUGACGCUGACAACGCGGCAACAGGGCUCCCGACCGGCCCGCCACCGGUCAUUCCGCGGCUGGCGCUGAACAAGCUCCGCCGCGACUCGAGCGAGGGCCCGCCUCCGGCUCCGGCACCGUCGCCAGCCUCGGAUACGCACACCUCCAAGACGCUGCCAGCACUCUCAGUGACGACCGACAUGACAGCGCGGUCGUCGCUCUCCUCGCCGCAUGUGACGACGCCGUCGGCGGGCGCGUCGAUCAAGGCGCGAAUCACUCAAGUCCUGCUCGAGCAGGACCCGCGCGGCGAGGACGUGCUCCUGGUGGGCACGUCGGACGGCGCCGUCCGGAUGUAUGCAGACGUGACAACAAGCUCGCCGCGGCUGGUCAAGGCGUGGUGGGCGACGAAAGACAGCGAGGUCUCGCAGCCUGGAGUGGCACAGCUUCAGUCACGCGGCAAGUUCCUCAUGGCCGUCGGCGGAUCGAGCGCGGGUCGGCGAGUCUUUACCACCGGCUCUCGGGCACGGCUCCGGGUGUGGGACAUGUCGACGGGCCUCUACGUCAAGUCGCUGUUCUUUGGUGGCGGCGACGAUGUGGCCAUCACCGCCAUCACGCUCUCGCCGUCGACUGCGCGCGGCGUUCAGCUCGUUGUGGUCGGCUGCUCGGACGGCUCGGUCCGCUGGAUGACCGGCAUCGAGUCGCCGCUUGUCUCAAUGGUCCGGCACCAGACCGGAGCAGUCCUCUCGCUGGGAUGGACCAACAUCGGCGCGAGCAUGGCUUCGCCGCUGCUGGUUGUGACCGGCGCCGACGGGCUGAUGCGGACGUGGGACGUGGCUACCAAGCGCAAUGCAUCAGUGGUCACGCUCAACGAGUCGGGCGUCUCAGCCGCAGCCAUCUCGACUGGCGCUGGCCACGUCGCGGUCGCCUACGGCUCGUCCAUGUACCGCUACGUCAAGCUGGUCCGCCUCGACGGACGGGUCUCGGCCUCGACCCGCAAGUACGACGGCCUCAUGUCGCAGCGGCGCGGGCCGGUCUCGGCGCUCUCGUUCCAUCCGUCGCUCAUGCUAGUCGCAGCAAGCUCCAACAACGGAUCGAUGCUCACGCUGUAUCGCGGAGUGGGCGCGGCCAUGCCGCGGCGGUCAUGAUGAUGGCUGCUGCGAGAGCAACAACAGUAAACGUUGCCGUGUCGA